CUCAAAUUCAAAAUUCAAAUAUUUUUUAGUCUGUACGAGGUCGUAUUUUGGUUUUUGCAUGUAUUUUGUGAUUUUAUUAGCGAAGUAAAAUAUUAUUUUAGACAAUUUUGUGCCAAGGUUUAUCAAUUAAUUUUAGUUGAAUUCAGCCGCUGCUAAAAGGAGAUCGGGUGCGUCGUGUUGAUCUGUAAAGUGUAAUACAGUGAGGUAAUCAUGGCCGAAAUAGAAGAGAAGGUGAUAAUGACUCCCAAGAGUAAAACACCAACAUCCACAGUGCUGAUUGUGGAGAGGAAGGUGAUAGAGGCUGAGCCAAGUGACAAAACUCAUGUAGCCGGAGGUGACCACACCGGGAUAAUUAUCAAUAAGGAAAAAAUUUAUGAAAAUGGUGUAACAGAACCCUGCCAUGCUCAACUAGAGUUUUGUGUAUAUUUGGUGUCAGCUGUGACUGGUAACCAUACUAGAGAAGCAAGGGCUCUCAGAUUUUGGUUCAAACCUGAAGUCUCACUAUAUGAUUGUCCACAUGAGGCCCAGGCCUUCUUCCGAGAGCUUGUCAGUCCUCAAGACUUCCCUAAAGAUUAUGUUGGAUUCAUUAAGAAGAUAAUAAAACUAAUGCAAAAUAAAUAUCACCAAUUAAAACUAUUAGAAGUUGAAUUACGACAAGAAGGUACUGGAACCCCACCACCAGAACCGAAUGGUGAUAUUACGAGUAAGAAAAUUGUAUACAAGUAUGAUAAUGGUUCCUUCAUUGAUGACAGCAUAGUAAAUCAAACGCAUAUAUCAGAACAGAGGGUACUUGAUAUGAUUGAAAAUGCCUACCCGAAUCCCCUAUCAGUUGAGGAUUUUGUAACUGCCGGGAAAUGGUCGAAGGCCGACGUCAAAGACGCUUUGGAGUCUUUGGAAGAGAAAGGCUUGACACGGCUGAUGUCCGACGGUAUCUACGUACGACAGCAUAGUAUCGACACACAGGUGGUGAAACAAAUGCCCACGUUAUGCUCAUCCCGCCAACCCACGAUUGCCGUGGUGACCGCCCUCUACUGUGAGAAGCAAGCCGUCGACGCCAUGAUGGACAACCAAGAGACUUACGUACGAUACACUACUGUGGGUGAAUCAAAUGUCUACACGUUGGGAACUAUUGGUGCGCAUCGAGUCGUCACCACAAAGUUGCCAUCGGUUGGCAGAACUAGAGAGGCCAUGACUGCUGCCGGCAACACUACUACUAGGCUACUGGGGACAUUCCAAAAGGUGGAUUACGUAUUCCUGGUUGGCGUCGGCGGCGGAGUGCCGCACUAUACGGACUAUGCCAAGCACGUGAGGCUUGGAGACGUCGUCGUGUCUACGCCCGCGCCGGAUCUGCAGGAUAAAUACGUGUAUAUCUUCUGCGAGAAGGCGGAACGUAACAACAAAGGCGGUUGGGACUAUGAAGUGAAACCGUACAAGCCUGCGGAUUACUUGUUGCAAGAUCUCGCGGUCAUCCUCGCUAGCUCCAACGCCUCCUGGAGUCAUUAUGUCAACGACGGUUUGAAUCGUCUGAAGGGUGUCCCCGGAAGGUGGGAGCCCCCGGAAGAGGCGACCGACCGCUUGUGCGUCGACGUGGGCGGGGGCGCCUUCAUCGAAGUGUCGCACCCGGCGCCGCAAGGAGAAAAGAUGCGUGGACCGCGCGUGCACUGCGCGCCGCUGGCGGGCGGGCGCGCGGUGUCUUGCGCGGGCGAGGCGCGCGCGGCGUUCGCGUCGCACGCGCGCGCGCUCGCCUACGACUGCGAGCUGGACGCCGUGCUCGACAGCGUCGUGGGCAACUGCAAGGACUGCUUCAUAUCUAUCCGAGGUAUAUCUGAUUACCGCGACGGCACCCGCGGCAAAGAUUGGCAGCCAAAUGCGGCGCUGGCGGCGGCGGCGGUGAUGAAAGCCAUCAUCUUAGCUCUGGAGCCACCGACUGACUAGAUAUCUUGUGUGGAAACCACAAUGAAUCUUUCUAUAGUUCUUCUAUCUUAAACACUGUUGAUUUCUUUGUUUACAGCAGUAUAUGAUAGAUAAUCCCUGAUAAUUUACCCACUUUAUUUUAACCCUCGCAGUAGUAGUCAAAUCAAAUCGUGACACCAUUAAUGCAAUUUACUUUAGUGUGACAGUAACAGCCGCCUCGCGGCCUCUGAUCAUAGCUUUGAUAUUGUCUAUACUAUUUAUGGCUUAUUAUGGAUCAUCUACACUAUCGGCUAUUGGCGACCGCAGGAUAGGACGUCAUUGUGCAAUUGUCACUCAAUCGUACAAAGUUGCAUUAACUGCAUAAGCUGCGUUGCAUGUCUGACAUAACCUAAACUCCUUUGACAGUCAUGCGAAAAACUGACAGGCCAUUACGCUCCAUCGAUUCAAAUCAUGGGCAAUUAUAGGCUAUUAUGGCCUCUACUUAUUCGAAAAUGCUUAUAUUCGCCCAUCUUAGCCGAUAAUGUAGGAGAUUAGUAUGAUAUUAUUUAUGAUAAUUAUUAUAUUUUCAAUCGCGACAAUUUGGACUUGAGAUACAGAAUUCUUAAUCACGCAUUUAAUAGCCCACUGAGAAAUUUAUAAACCUCAAUUCGGGGAGCCACAGGCACUUUUAUGUAUACCUACUAGCAUACUAAAGCACACAUGGCGAGUGCUUAGUAUGCUAAUAGAAGUAAUUUUCAGACAAAGAAGUAAAUAGACAAGUAAUUGGAGUGCCGUUGUAAAUAAAUUUUAUCAUUUUGACAUCCCAACACACUACCAAACCAUUUUUCCAUUAUAUUGUAACGCAACAAGUUACUUAAACUUUGCAACAAAUUGCGUAGUAAUUUGCGCAAUUUUUAUUAAUCUUAAUAUUUUUUUUAGUGAAACCAUAACAAUUGUAACUAACAUAAUGCUCAUAUUGUUCUCUUUUUCACGGGAGUGCAAUGGAUGCUUUCCAUCUGUCUAUUUACUUUUAUGUCUAUGAAGAAUUUCGAUUUUGUUUUUCUGGGCAGGUCUUAUAUAAAUUCGUUUUUUCCAAUAUAUCUCCUCUGUUUCGUGUUUUCUUCAUAUCGAUGAGCGAGCAGAGAAAUAUGAAGUAAGUAGUUAGUUAGUUAGAAAAUAUUACAGGUCCACUUGCCUUACUUUUUUCCUGUUAGUUAUUUAGAUAAAACUGCUUAUUUAUACACUAUUUAUAUUAAAUUUUAACGUAGUAUAUUAGAAUAUACAAAGUUUUUUUUAAUGUUACGCCCUCUUUAAAUUUAUAUAAUGUUACUUAGUAGGUUUAUAUCACUAGAUGUUUAUUGGAACACUGUCAUUAUAUUUUUCCCCAUAGUUGUUUGAAUAUUCAUUCUGAAUCUAUUUUUUAAGAUUAUAAAAUACUGUUUAAAUUCUCGAAGUCUACCAAGUUAGUGUUUUAAUAUAUUUCAAUAUACUUAACAAAAAUGUUGUAUAGGUACUUUGUAAAUUUUUUGAAGUCUUUGGAUUUAAUGGCUGACAAGCAGUGGGGUAAUCUCCUCCCGAGAGUGUCGGUCCCGAGUAAGAAUCGGAGGAUCUUGCUCCCCCGGGUAUUAAACAAGCGUUUCAUAAUAUAUUGCCACAAACUUAUCUGGCCCAGUAAGCGUGUCGCACUUUUAGUCACAAAAGUCAACUUUUAAAUAUUUUUGUGCAAAAUGGCAACAAAUUUGUAAGUUCCAAUUUUGGCCACUAGGUCAGAAAUAUUGUAGAUAGAUAGUUGACUGAUAGUGUGUUGGUGAAAACUGAAGAAACGUUAUUUAAUGGAACAUACUUUCAGUUUAUACACAUAGAUAUAAUUGGUCUGUUUAUCAAUAAAUCCAAUGUCAAAGGGACUUUUCAGAAUAGUUUUAUAUACUAGUCGGGAAGCCGAAGAGUGGAUUUUUGCAGUUAUUCGAGCGCGGCAGAUGAACAUUAGGAACUUAAAUAUGAACUUAAAUAAGAAUAACUUGUAAAGAAUAAAAAAAUAUAUAUAUACUUUGCACGUUGUUAAGUACCUCCACCAAGUAAGAACCCUUAAUAUUGGUAGGGACGUUUAUGGCAAUAAAAAACUAUUUUUUUAAUAAUUUUGAAUGUAAUAAUCGCUAAUAUUUUCGGUAAGCCGAAGUAAUAAAAUAUGUCUUUUCCCACCGCUGAAAGCGAAGUUAUAGAGAGACCACUUUUUCUUCCAAUCAUCUAAUCUAAUCGGUUCCCAUGGCGCUUUAGUAAUUGCAAAUUUAGCAUCCCUGGUUCCCCUACUAUACCUACCCAUAUUUGAUUAUAACAUGCGAAGUCCAAAAGUGAAGUUCACUGGACAAGACUAAUGGAGGUAAAAUGUUAUGUCGAUUGUUUUUUAAAGUUAACAUUACUGUUUGUGAUUUAAUUAUUAUUAUAUAAGUACUUGAGAAUAAUUGAAUAUUUAUAUUUCAUUUGUAUACUGAUAUUGUUGUUUAUAACCAUUGAUACUCCACUUUUAUAAAAACCAAUUUUCUUAUGGCCUAAUUUUUUCGGCCUAUUUGCAAUUUGAAGUACUGAGAAACUGCUUUGAAAACUAUAUUUUUAAAUAAAAGCCUUAACUUUUGUAAAACACUACUUGUUGCCUUAAUUAAAAAUGUUUAAACAAAGGCUGAAAUAGAUUUAACAAAAAUAUUUGCAUUUGAAUUUAAUUUUUUCAGAUUUACCCCAGUCAAAUAAGGAAUUAACCUUGGAAUGAGGGAUAAUAAGCUGUAAACACCUUAAUUUUAGUGUUCUGAAAGAUUGUCUCAUAUGUCUCACAAAAUCUCAUUUAUUAAAAAAAUUGUAGAGCAUAAAAUUUGCAACAAAGUUUUUUUUAUAAAUUCAUACACUUCAGUUUUUGGGAUGAAAGGCACAGAGGACAGAGUUAUUUUAUUUGCCUUAUUUGACUGGUCUUAUUGUAUUUUUUUUAUUGUUAAAAGACGUGCUAAUUAAGAUUGACAGUUACCAAAGUUUUGGAAGCACGCUUGUGUUUUGUAAAAAACCAAUGUGAUUUUGAUACAAUAGGUUUUUAGAUACAAUAUAUCAUAAGCGUAACUAUUCUCUCAAUUUUCAAUACAUUCUACGGUUGUAACAUUUGGACCUGCUCCUAUCCUUGAACAUAGUGGCGUGCCCAAGAUUUAUAACUAGGGUAAGCUAUACACUAGCUUAUAUAAAAUAGGAAAUUCCUUUUCCAAUAUAGUUUAAUAAUGAAUGCUCAGCUUUCAUGUUUGAACCUACCCUUUAAUUUGUACACUGAAAUAUUCACCUUAUUUAGUAAGUUGAAGAGAAAAUAUAACAUGAAGUAUUUAAAACAACACCAUUAUAUUAAGUAAUUAAUUUAAAUAGUUUAUUCAUUUAUUAUUUUAUUUUGAAACCUAUAAUAACAUGUACAAAAUAAAUAUCAAAGAAGCUUAAAGUGCCCAAAAGUGAUCUCUCUCUGACAACUUAUGGUAGUAGAAAUUAAAAGGGUUGGUGCGGCAAACAUUUUACUAUCUGACUCGAUAGAUAUUUUUUGGUUAGUUAGUGUCCAUUUUAAGUAAAACUUCGAGUUACGCUUAUGAAUAUAAAUUGAUAGAAUUUAGAAGUAGUGCCUAUCUAAGUGUUUAGAUUUAUUAAUUUAUACAUUAUUAAUGAUUAUCAUUAUAUUAUACGUAUUGUGACCAUUUCACUGCCAUAAAUGGCUUAUUUAUAUUAAAUUAUUACCAUAGAUUUAUAUGUGUAUAAUCAACAUUUUUACAAUUUGUUGUGAAUAACCAAAGUGUUUAUUUCGGCUGUUUAGACAGGACUAGUCGCCUGAAUUGUUACAAUUUAUUUACACCCUUUAAAAAAGUUAAAUUUGUAGAACAUUAUUUAUAUAGAAUACCUAUCUAAUUAAGUAUUUUGAAAGUUAAUUAUGUUAAAGUUCCUCUAUCUCACGAAAACCGUUCAAAAUAAUAUUGACAAGACAAAAAAUCAUCGAUCUCCUAUUGAAAAGUGGAUGCCCAAUCAGCGACCAAAAAACGUGCUAAACAAUGGUUUGGCACUCAAUUCAAGUAGUCGCAUUUGCAAAUUCAACCACAAACUCAAUCGUUAAGGUAGAAUUUGCUCUGAAUUUGGGAUUUUAUUGAAUAUUGGACUAUAUAGGCCUUUAGGUGUAUCUACCUAAUUUUCUUUACCAAUAAUUCUAAAACUGUCAAAGCAAAACUGCCCAGUUUUAAGUGAAAUUUUCUACAUGAAUGUGCGUCCUUUUAUUAUACGAGGUCAAUGCAAAAAAGUAAAAAAAAAAACUGUAAGUCAACUGAGGUGGAGAAAAAAUGCCAUCAAACGGAUUUUAGUACUCUUUUAAUAGAAAGUCAUACAAGUGCGUCCACUGAUCCGCAUCGUAUGGAUUGCAUCGAACCAAUUUUGUCUACCGUAAAAUUAAAAAUCCGUUUGAUGCGAUGCCUCCAAUAUGCACGAUGCGGAUAUGUGGACGCCCACCAUUAUAAGACGUUAUAAUGUCAAAAAGUAAAACUGUUUUCGUGAGAUUGAUCAGUAAUUAAUCAUUAUUCAGUUCCGUUUUCAUGAACAGACUGAUCGAUAACGUAGUUUAGAUAAGUAGAUUUUCAGCUUUUUUACUAAUAGAUUAGAUGCAAUCCAUACCAAUUAUUGAGAUUGUUUGGCACAUGUUUAUGUUUAAUUUUAGGAUCAUUGCAUUAUUUGGUUUUUAUGAAAAAAAGUAAAUCAAAACAUUAAUAAACUGUCACAAUCUUCCAAAACUAAUACAGUAAAAUUGUACGUAUAGCGUCAUUAAUCACAAUUCCUCCGAGUGAAACAUUCAAUGUGAUUCGAUACCUAAAAUAGCUCCCAAUUUUGUAUAGGAGGAAUAUUUAACUAUCGUGAAAUAUAAGUAGUAAAGUACUUAUUUAUUUUACCAGAUUUCAUCCAGAUUUUAAAUGGUGUUACACGUAGAUUAAAGCGUUGCAUAAAACUUUACUAAGUUGAUUAAAAGUGAAAGAAAUUGUAGGUCUGUUAGCGUAGACUUUUUGUUGACCAUAUAAAAGGUCAAUGUUACAUACAAACUUGAACUUUCUGGACACAAAAAUUACUUGACUGAAAGCCUGCGAUAUAGCCAGCCAUACCUUAUUUUAGGAAGGUCGAAAGCUCAUCAACCUAUGGUCGUAAGUACUUUAUGUAUGUAGCUUUUUAUAGUAGGUACGCUAAUCUGUUAGCCACAUAUACGUGUAGAUCUUUCAUAAAAUAAGGUAUUGAAGCUCUCAGUCUUAAUAAAGUAUUAGAACCAUCGAUCUCCUAUUAAAAAGUGGAUGCACAAUCAUAUAAUUUUCUUUACCAAUAAUUCUAAAACUGUCAAAGCAAAAUUGGCCAGUUUUUAAGUGAAAUUUUCUACAUGAUUUUGCGUCAUUUUAUUACAAAAGGUCAAUGAUUGGAAUAAAUAAUUCACUAUUUUUAAUCGAUUUCUAAAAAGGAGGAGGUACUUGAAAAUCACAGUUGUUAACAGUACAGUACAGUUAGGCGUACAGUUUUAGAAUAGGAGAACUUUAUAGGCAGGUAAUACCUAGGUACUCGUAAUUACUACACUAAUAACAGUUUAUUCAAACGUUUUAAUAACAUGUGUGCAAGCACCAGGAGUCAUUGUGUUUUGUGAAAUAAUUUUUAUCCCUUGACCUGUUGUAUUAUUUCUUAAUUUUGUGUAUAUUUGAAUUUCUGUGUUUUAAUUUGUUUUGUAAUCGCACAAUAAAUAAAUUAGUAUGCAUAUUGUUGU